AGCUGAUUGUCAAAAUAUUUUUUAUUAAUCUAAACAUAUGUUAGUAAAAGUUUUUGACUAAAAUUAUUAUUAUGGAUGAACAAAAUAUUCCUAUCGACAUAAAUACCACCAAAUUGCUGGAUUGGUUGGUGUCCAGACGUCAUAUUCCAAAAGAUUGGCAAAACGCUGUUUUGCAAGUUCGAGAGAAAAUCAACAAUGCAAUUCAAGACAUGCCCAUACACCAGGGCAUUGUAAAAUUGGUCAGCGGACAGCACAUUAACUAUUUCCAUUGCCUGAAAAUAGUGGACAUCCUCAAGGAAACUGAAAAGGACACGAAAAAUAUAUUUGGAAGGUACGGGUCUCAGCGUAUGAAGGAUUGGCAGGACAUCAUCAAGUCGUACGAGAAAGAUAAUGUUUAUCUUGCAGAGGUAGCAUCAAUGCUGAUCCGUAACGUAUCCUACGAAAUCCCGAGUUUGAAAAAGCAAGUGCAAAAACUGGAACAGCUCCAAGGCGAAAGCGAGAAGAAAAUAAGAGAUUGCAAUAAGACGGAAGCUGUAGCUAGAAAGGAAUUCAACGUAGCUUGUGAACAGUUGGGAAUCAAAGGUGAAAACAUCAAGUCCGAACUUUUGGACCUAUUGAAGCAAUUACCAAAAAUUCACGAUGAAAUUGCUGAAAAAGUUAAAAUAGUCAAGCCCGCAAUUGAACUGUACGCAGCCUUCAAUAAGUUUUUAUCAGGACAAGACAUUGACUUUGAAAUAUUGCCAACUCUAAACUAUUUAAUCCAACAAGGAAACACGACCACAUACGAGUUCAAAUACGGCGAAAAGCCUUUGAGAAUUGAACUAAAUGAGACUCCCACUCCAAAAGACGAUGAAAUUGAAGACAAUAACGCAAUUGAUUUUGGUGACGAAAACAAUGAAAUCGACUUUGGUGAUGAAAUCGUCAUAGAAAGCCCAUCAGUUGCUGAACAAAAAAUCGGAUACGGUUCAUCUAGAGGCUCAUCAUCGUCAAACGGAGAAUCAUUUGAAAUAGUAAACUAUGAAGAGCUGGAUCAAGAACUCACAAUAAAUCUGGAAGAAUCUGGCAUUGUUUUGGAAAAAUCUGGGCAAGAUGGAGGCGUGGCACGCGAUGAAGAGGCCUUUACAAUCCUCGACAAUCCAAAAUACCAAUCGCAAAUUUUAAACGAUUUAAGCGAACUUGAAGCUUUCCUGAAAAUGCGCCUUUUUGAAAUAAGCCACGACGAUUCAAGUGAUUUACUGUCAAUGGCUCAAAUGCAAGACGCGCCUGCAUUAUUGCAAAUGCAAACCAUUGAAAACGUAACAAGCCUAUUAGAUUGCGUUCAUGUCGCUUUGAAUUAUUUGUCUGACAAGAAAAUUCAGCAUUUGCACAACAUUAAGCAUUCACCUAAAUAUGUAGAUAUUCUAACAGCCAGUCUGAAACAAAAAUUAUUGGUAAUUGACAGGAUGGUUACAGCUAAGGAUUUGCUGGAAAAGAAAAUUGAAGAAAUGGGUGAAGAAAUUAGGAAACUGGAGCCUGUUAUUAAAAUGCUGGUCGAGAAAACCAAGCAAUUGCAAAAGAAUAUUCAGGAAGAUUUGUCUGAGAAGUAUAAGGGCAGGAUUGUUAAUAUUGUCGGAGGUGUAAAUACUUUGUAAAUGGUUUAAGGUGUAAAUAAAUUUAUUAUUUGGGUCAACUUUGUAA